AGUGAGUGUACAUACGAGUAUUAUUACACGUGGUGAUAGCUGGGGGCUGUGGUAACCCUACACAUGUCAGUGAGUGUACAUACGAGUAUUAUUACACGUGGUGAUAGCUGGGGAUUGUGGUAACCCUACAUAUGUCAGUGAGUGUACAUACGAGUAUUAUUACACGUGGUGAUAGCUGGGGGCUGUGGUAACCCUACAUAUGUCAGAGAGUGUAGAUACGAGUAUUAUUACACGGGGUGAUAGCUGGGGAUUGUGCUAACCCUACAUAUGUCAGUGAGUGUACAUAUGAGUAUUAUUACACGGGGUGGUAGCUGGGGACUGUGGUAACCCUACACAUGUCAGUGAGUGUACAUACGAGUAUUAUUACACGUGGUGAUAGCUGGGGGCUGUGGUAACCCUACAUAUGUCAGAGAGUGUAGAUACGAGUAUUAUUACACGGGGUGAUAGCUGGGGAUUGUGGUAACCCUACAUAUGUCAGUGAGUGUACAUACGAGUAUUAUUACACGGGGUGAUAGCUGGGGACUGUGGUAACCCUCCAUAUGUCAAGGAAUACUGGUACAAUCCACAGUUCUUUGUGACUCUGAAGGACGUGGACGACGACCAGUCCAGGAACUCGUGCACGCUCAUUGUGUCGCUCAUGGAGAAGCAAAAGGGAAACGCUACACACCUAGCCAUAGAAUUCAAUGUAUAUCAGUUAAAGUAUCCAGACAGCAAACCGUUGAAGGGCGAUCGAGCUGCGAGGAGCGCCUUGAGGUUGAGAGACAAGGGCGGAAGCUACGUUUACUACCGGGAAGUGACGAGGAGGAUGGAGCUACCCCCGGGCGUGUACGUCAUCAUACCAGCCACUUUCGAGGCUUUCAAAGAAGGAGAGUUCCUCCUGAGAAUCUUCGCCAAGAAGGCGGUGGACAGUGGAGUUCUAGAUGAGGAUGAAAGCCCAACACUUACAGAAGAUCCCCUAUCGCCAACACGCCCAGGUGAGAACACGUUCACGGACGCGUUUUUCAAACACGCCGGAAAAGACCGCAAACUGGACGCCAGGGAACUCAAGGCGUUCCUCCUUGAUAUGUCAAUGAUAGAGUUCAAAGAGAAGACCCAUUUCAACACGGAGUCGUGUCGCAGUCUCCUCACGAUGAUAGACAACAACAGAUCAGGAAUGCUGGAUUUGGAUGAAACACGAAUGUUAUGGAAAGAUGUGAAAACAUACAGAGAUAUCUUCAUUAGAUUCGACAAAGACAGGUCGGGGACUGUCGACACGUUUGAACUGAACUCUAUGUUUGGUGCUUUAGGUUUCCCGGUUAACCGCGCCGUUCUGACGUCUAUCGUCCGGCGAUAUGGCGGGCGAGACAGCAAGAUUUCACUGCAAGACUUCGUCAUAGUCAUCUCGAAACUCAUCCUUAUGUAUAACAUAUUUCUGGAGCAGCAGAAGGCCACGCGAGGAAAGGAAGGUAUAGCGACUUUCACACGAAACGAGGUAUGUAGACGGCUAUAAUGGUUUUACUUCCUUACGGCAAUACCAGCU